AUGACUCCAGAGAUGUUCAAUGGGCCACUUCUUGGCCCUCUUGCUGGUGUGCUUGGGGUCAUUGUCCUGCUAAAACACUAUAUCUGUCAAGGUAUUGCCCUUGACUAUAACCCUAACCUCUAA